UGCAAUAUCACAAUAUGUCUGACUAUUUGGAAAUAUUUUUAGAAUUAUCGUAGUCUAAAAUAAUAAAAUAAUCCACUGAGGAGUCGUCCAAGUUAUGGACUAUAUAUGAUAAACUUUGUAAAGAGACAGAUCGAUAAGGCGAGAAAGCGAAUAUAGCGAAGAUAUGUGUUGUGGGCAACUCGCCUUGCGUGUGUAUAGUAGACGUGCGCGUGACGAGCACCGUGCGACGGGGUGCUCCGGGCUCGGUGCGCACCGGACGAUAUAACGUCGCUCAUUUCGCCAGGGCCAUCCUGCGCGAUUAGUGUUUUUGUACAUAUUUUUUAUAACACAGACCCAACAUGGAUACGAGGGUGCAAUGCCCUGUGUGUACACUGUACCUACACAGUGGCAUGUCAUUGGAGUCGCAUUUGGAUACACAUCCAAAAGACCAAGUCAUAAAAGCACUAUGCAGUCUGUCAGCUAAGAGUACUGGGUUUGGAAGUAGGACUCCCACUCCCCACUCUGAGAGGUCAUUCAGGAGCAGGUCACGCACUCCCGCUACUGAUGAUGGGCGAUGGGCUGGAUCUCAUCGCACCAGUGAAAAUGAUAGGUACUGGAGGAGGACACCAAGUCGCAAUAAGUCCACUCCACUCUCAAGCAGGACUGGAACUCCCGAUACUAGAGUUGGAAAUAUUGUAUUUGAGAGUGACAAUAUAAUAAAUACAAAUUCCAAUCAGUGCUCUGAUGUAUUUACUGUUAAGUCAGAUAAGACACAGCGGACUUAUGUGUCUACCGGUCAGUUGUCAGGCUCAGACUAUGAUCAGCGAUUCCCAUUCUUCCCAGAAGCACAGGAAGAUACAGAGAUAAAAUAUUCCCGUAGCUCUGAAUAUAAUGCCCAGAAUGAAAGUUUGAACACUGAAUUUGCAUAUAAUAUGCCUUCACCUGCCAACAAGCAGGCAAACAUCCCACCCACAACAUCAAGGAGAACUAAUGAACGAGACUUUGUUAAAAUUUUACCAAAAGCAAACAAUGUGUUUAUGAAAACAAAUGUAGCAAGUGGUUUGCAAUAUGUAACACCAGGACCUAACCAGAUGCAUGUAAUGAUGCCAACGCCAUCACAGUUUGUGCAAAAGAAUGUGCAAAACAACAUGAUUUUGACUGGAAAUUUAACUAGCGCCCAAAUUCACAAUUCAAAGUUGAUGGCACCUCCACUGACUAAUCAGUUAUUAACAUCAGGAACCUUUACCCCAGGAACAACUGUAGUUACACAAAACUCCCAAAUCAUUUACCGAGAGAUGGUACAUAAUUUAGAUGGUAAACCUUUUAUGUCAACUAUUCCUGCUGUACUGGGUUCUGUUGAGAAUGUCACCAAUGUGUCACAGAGUAGUGCAUUGUACCAAAAUCAUCUUAUGGUAGUUGACCAGUUUGGAAACACCUCUUGCAUGUACACAACACCACAGCAUUUAAUUACUAAACCAGCCAUUUUUAGUGAAAAUAUGACAUACUUGCAAAGUAUUGUAGAAAAACCUCCAUCAAAGAAUAAUGACAAAACUCUAUUAAUUGAAGUUAGCCCUAUCCCUGACUCUCCUGUAGCAGGCUCUAGCUCCCAGCCUGUGUCUAAAUCCAAUUCUGUACAUAAAAAACAUGAAAAACAUGAAAAACUUGAGCAGAAAAGGUCUGUAUCAAGGAAUAGCACUCCAGGGCCAAAUAAAGGGCUUAAAAUCAUUAGUAAUAUAAAAGUGGAGGUUCCUGUGAAGCAUCACAAAAAUAUGCUUAACACUAUUAUGGAUCUGACAGGUUCAGGUGAUUAUACAGCACGUCCAAUAAGUCCAGAGAAGAUAUUACCAGAUUUAGAUGACAACAACCAAAGUUUAUGUGAUGAUUCAACACAGCCUUCCCUUGCAAGUGUAGAUAGUAUUGCUUCUAACACAUUCUGUGCUAUUAACAAUUCCAGCAAUGCAUCUGGUAAAGAGUCAACUAAAUCAGAGACUAAAAUUGACUCAGAAUUCUCUGACAGCUGUCCUGUGCCAGACCUCAUUUGCAAUGAGAAGCCUUCCAUAUCACCAUGCAGUGAACUGUCUGAACAUGGGGAUAAUUCAACCGAUCACAUAAUAACAGCUCUUAAAACAGAACCCAAUCAUACAUACGGAAGACGUAUGAUUAAUAAUACUGAUAUAGAAAAUAAACAACGAAAACCGAAACCGCUGAGGAUAAACAAUGCAUUUGUAAAAAAACCAAAGAAGGUUUUGCAGAUAAAGAACUCUAAAUUUCCAUGUACAAAUGCAAAAGAUACAAGUCAAUUAGAAAAAGAGCCUGUAGCAUCCUCUUCCAGAGCUAGAUCACCUGAAGACUUUGAAAUAAAUAAAAUACAUCGUCAAGAAACCAGUAUUACUAAUAGUAGUGGUAUUACAAAACCUGGAACUCUACUUACAGUUUCAAUAGAGAAAAUAAAAGAAAAUGAUGAAGGCGAAAAUAAUGAGUUUGACGCUAACACUGAAGAGCAAUCGAUGGACAUCGAGCCUGUAACACCAUCAAAUGUAAACCAUUCUCAACAAUAUACAGCCUCGGUAGAUAUAGUGCAAGUUAAAGAAGAAAUCAAUACAAGUAAUGAUUUUAGUAACGAAGCAGACAAGCCUGGUUUUGAUCUUGCACCAAUGGCAACUUUACGGCCAAUUAAUGUUAUCAGUUGUAGCAUUGAAGAAGAUUUCGAUGAUGACUCUAGCCAUAGAGAGCUACUUGAAUUAGAAGCAACAUCUAAAAACAAACAGUUUGUUUCAAUGAUGAACGAAAAUUAUUUCGGCGAUAACAUUUAUGCAGAUUAUUUUACUCCAGAUCGCGUGGAAGCUUUCGAAGCUGAAAAGGAGUCGCAAUUCACUAAAGAAAAUAACAGAGAAAACAUGUAUAUUUGGGGUGAGCCUUCUCAGAGGGAAAGCGAAUUUGUUUUACCUAAUUUUAUUCAUGAAAGCUAUAAAAUUGCUGAAAAUGGUCUGGACUAUUCAGACAUGGGCGCGGAGGAAAAUAUUGAUGGAGAUAAGUGUGAGGGAGAUAGCAAAGUAGAUGUGUUAAGUGAGAGCAGAAGCGAAAGUGAAGCUCCAUUGAAUAUUUGUGCAGAUGAGAAAAUGCCACCUAGGGGAGAACUUAGCGGACAAGAAAGCAAUGGAGAUAUGGAAUCUCCUUGGAGUGGAAUGUACUCCGGCGUGCCGCCCGCGGAGCCCUACGACCUGAUGGCGCGCGAGACCUGGGUCUCUGACGGCUCCGAGAUCGACACCACUGAGAAGACCGAACCAAUAGAAGAAGAGAUCCACUUCCCCAAGACCCGUAUGUACAACUGCGUACCGUGCGGCAACAAGUUCCCUUCGCUCAAAGAACUGCGCUCGCAUAAAGCGCUCAUGCACGCCUCGCCAACGUGCUCCACCACCAAGACUACGUACAGCCGUCUCCUCACCGCCAGAGCCAUCAAGAAGGAAGAGAAACCGGAUCCAAAUGUCUUGCAAGAAAAUCUCCUGCUAAUGGACUCCAAAGAGACCAUAGCAGCGACACUGCCGCAAGUCUACGACACAAUGACCGACACCAAGCCGCCACUGGUUGGCCUCAUCAAACAAGAGACCAAGAGGAGGCGCCGGGACUUCAGAUGCCCAACGUGCAAGGUGGAUCAGCUGACCGACAUCGCUUUCCACGCACACCUAAAGUUCCACCCGCUGCUGUGCCUCACCUGCGGGAAGUGCUUCUACCGGCGCACCAACCUCGCGCUGCACCUUAAGACGCAUCUGGGUGUCCGGAAUUAUAAGUGCGAGAUCUGCGAGAAGAGGUUCAUCACGCGCCAGAAGCUGUCGGAGCACCACAACAUCCACACGGGCCGCUCGCCGGUCAAGUGCACCGUGUGCGACGACACCUUCCGCCGGUACUCAAACAUGGUGCAGCAUAGAGACCGCCACCACCUGAAGAAGAAGCCGAAGGUGCGCGACUUCGUGUGCCCGCAGUGCGGCGCCGUGUUCCACUCGCGCGCCAAGCUCCAGUGGCACAAAGAGACGCACGACGAGAAGCCCAAGGCGUGCGUGUACUGCAGCGACAAGUUCGUGCACGCGGCGUCGCUCACGCGCCACGUGCGCCGCUCGCACAACGAGUACUUCAUGGCCAGCACCGAGAAGCACAAGACGCAGAACGUGCCGUGCCCCGUGUGCAAACAGGUGUACCUGCGGCCGAACCUGCGCGCGCACCUGCUGACGCACAGCGGCAAGCGGCCGUACCACUGCGUGGUGUGCAGCAAGGCGUUCACCACCAAGUGGAACCUCAAGCUGCACCGCUGGACGCACGUCAGCCGCUCCGCCAAGCCCUACAAGUGCGGCCUGUGCAAGGGCGCCUUCAUCCGGCACACGGAGUACGUGUCGCACAUGAACGCGCACAAGUCCGUGCGCCCGUACACGUGCAAGUACUGCGGCUGCCAGUUCAUCCGCAAGUACAACUGCCAGAGGCACGUGCGCGAGCACGAGAUGGCGAAGAAGUUCGCGUGCAAAGUGCCCGAGUGCGGGAAGACGUUCCACAGGAGUUACUACCUCUCCGAACAUAUGAAAGUGCACAGUGGCGCGAGACCGUUCUCGUGCAACAUAUGCGGGAAGACGUCCAGCAACAAGUCGAACCACAAUAAGCACGUGAAGAUACACCACGCGCGGGAACCUAUCGCGACCGAGGCGUGAGUGAGCGUUUCCGGCGGUUGACUCGGGUGUUAAAAGCUUUUAAUAGUGUCGCUUUAGGUAAAAAAAUAGGACACGGCUGACGAGUCGUUUAAAUAAAAGCUGGAUAACAACUUUCAUCAGUCAGGGACAUUUUUCCAAAAACUGUCAAAACUAACGAUAGUUAUUUUUAUGCCACAUUAACACAAUUUUUCAAGAAGUUGAAAACGACAGCCGUUGAAAAGUGUAGCUUUAGUACAAAAUGUAUGUUUUCUUGUAUAGCGUUCAAUUUGUUUUGCGCUUUUAAUUUACACACGCUAGUUAAUUUAAUUAUGAAUCGCUGGCUUCCUAAGUAAAUUGAUACCUAAUUAAUGGUAACAAGAUACAGAUUGGAAUAUUCAUUGAUGGAUGAAAGGAAUACAACUAAACACUUUCGCAUUUAUAAUAUUAGAAAAUUAAGCUUGUAUUUUUAAAUUCAAUCAUUCAUAUUUUACUUUGAUUAAAUGUGAAAUUAAAUGUGAACUAAUUAAAGUACGUGAACAAGUCCCUGCAACUGAUGACUGUUAAUAACUCUAAAACAUACUAUUAUUAUUAAAUCAGUAUUUUUUUUUAAAGUGACAUUACAAAAUUCCAACCCGAGUCACCCCAUUGUAAAUAUCUAGGUAAAUUAAAAAUUUUAUUGUGUAAAUACAGGACCAAGGUUUUUGUGUAAAUUGGAGAUGUGAGCGGAAGGAGAGCAUUUUACAGUUUAAAUCAAUUUAACCGAGUGCGACUGAGUUUAUUGUAGUUUGUGACACUUCCUAUUUUAAUUAAAAGUUAUUACUAUUAUUAUUCAAAUAAUUCUUACUAUGCCACGGUUUUAAAGUAUACUAAAGUUAAACGCACACUAUGGUUGGCAGCACCGGAACACAAUUAAUCUUGCCUUGAGGUCUUUUUUUUGUCUUAAUAUCAACUACAUCUGUUCGGAGUCUCUAGAUUUUUGUUGCUCAUGUGACACACCAUAUAAGUAAUAAAAAAAGAGAAGGUUUUGCAUCCAUCAAAGAGUUUCUAGCCACGUUAACAGGAGAGUGGGAAUAAAAUAAGCAAACACGAUUCGUCAAGAUGUCUAGUUCUUUGAACAAGUUUGGUGUUCUUUGUUAAAUCUUUAUUUAUUUCAACCACACCAUCUGGAUGCUGGGUGUUUCUUACUUCCAAUCAUUAUAUAAAAAAAAUUCUGUCCCGUAGCUUCUAAAUUGUGAAACAAUACACAAUAUAUACCUCCAAACGACAUUUAGGACUGUUGAAAAAAUUGAGACGUUGUUAUAAAAUUAGUCUACGCGUCUCUCAGGGAGUUAAAGAAAAACUUUCAACAACGUCGAAUCGGAUUAUAUUUGUCACAUGAGUUCAAGCUUCACUUAAGAAAAAGAAAUACUUUAUUGCUCACAAACGUCAAAAUAUACAUAAAAAUUAGUAUAUCAACAGGCAGACUUUGCGUUACGGUGUCUCGAUUAAUGUGCGCGCGCCUUAAUAUUGGAAUAUGAAUAGGUUGUGAGGAAAUUGAUGUUAACUGGACAAAGCUAAAAUAAUGUUUGUAUAUAGGUGUAUAGUAACAAAAGUAUUGCGAUAAAUUCAGUCAUACCACAGCCGUGACAUCACACUAGAGAUUUUUCCUUUAUCUACAAGAAAACUGGAGGUAUUUUUGCUCGAUUUUGUUGCCUUCAUUUUCAGAAGUGCUCCGUAUGAAAGUUAUUUAUCUAUCUUGAUGCAUAAACUCAAGUUAUUUUUGUCACUAAACUAAAGUAGUAUACAUACUACAUAGAUUAUUAUUGUUAUAAACCCAGUAACUUUGGAUCACGUUUAUUACGGUUCUUUACAAAAUCCCGUGAGAACUGUUUGUUUUCUUAGAAAUAAAAGUAGUUUAAGUUACUUUCUGUCUUUUAUAACUAACAAGUUGAUUGUUUGCUUAGUGCGUGAAGGAAGGACAUACAAACAAACACAUUUUUGCAUUAUAUUAAUGAGAAUUCGCCCUGCUACAGGGCACGGGUCUCCUCUUACAAUGUAAAGUACCCGAGCAGACUACGCCUCCCUCAGGGAGUUAUUGAAAAAACUUUCAAGAACGGAAAAAAAAGUUUAUUUGUUCAUAUUCGCUUUGUUUAUUUUAACAAAUAUAUUCCUCUUGUCCACACGAUUAUCAAGUGCGGAUUGGUACAUUUCACACGCCUUUAAACCAUUAUCGAGAACUCUUAGGCAUACAGGU